AUGUCGUUGAGCCCAAAACACACGACGCCUUUCUCAGUGACAGAUAUUUUGAGCCCAAUUGAGGAGACCUACAAGAAAUUCGGUGGCAUGGACGGUACUGGGAAUAUCUCUUCACCCCUGGGAGCUUACCGGCAAACUCAGGUAUCUCAAACGGGCAUGCAGCAACACACCAUGGGCCACAACGCCACUGUUGCGACCAGCUAUCAUAUGCCACACAGUGUGUCCCAGUUCUCUCACAGCGCCAUGGGUGGAUACUGCAAUGGCAGCAUUGGCAACAUGGGAGACCUUCCAUCUUACCAAGAAACUAUGAGAAAUAGUGCAGCAGCUACAGGAUGGUACGGUGCCAACCCCGAUCCAAGAUAUUCAACAAUUUCUAGAUUCAUGGGACCUUCCACAGGUAUGAAUAUGACCAGCAUGGGCACGCUGACUGGCAUGGGGGACGGCUCGAAAUCCAUGCCACCCCUUCACGCUGCUCCGAGGAGGAAACGACGGGUACUUUUCUCUCAGGCUCAGGUUUAUGAGCUCGAAAGGAGAUUUAAGCAACAAAAAUACCUCUCUGCGCCAGAGAGAGAACACCUGGCAAGCAUGAUUCACCUCACACCCACCCAGGUUAAAAUCUGGUUUCAGAACCAUCGCUAUAAAAUGAAACGGCAGGCCAAAGACAAGGCGGCACAACAACUUCAACAGGAGGGCAACCUGUGCCAGCAGCAGCAGUCUCCGAGGAGAGUGGCAGUCCCGGUGCUAGUGAAGGACGGAAAGCCGUGUCAGAAUCGAUCAAAUACGCCGACGGCGAACCAGCAGGUUCAACAACAGCAACAACAACAGAACGGUUCAGGUGUGGUCCUGUCUGCUUCAAAUAACGUAAUUAAUCAUCAAAACCAGCAGGUGAACGCUCUAGUACAGGCCGCAGACCUGGAGGAAAUGUCACCCAGUCCCCCUUCACUGCACUCGCAAAUGAACACAAUGGCGCAGAUUGACACUUCUACAGUAGACUACACAAAUAAUAUGGUUACUUCGAAUCUGCUUUACGGUAGAACAUGGUAG